CUUCUCCAUAAACCCUAAACUCUCCUCUAAACCCACAGUGUGCACGUAGUCCAAUAGUUGUAUUAGUGAGAAGAAAAGAGUUAUGGCGAUAAUCACAUUCCCUGCGUCCUCUGUUGCUGCCCUGCCUCUCAAGUCUGCCACGAAGAAGCUCGCUAACGGCUCACAUCCGGUCUUCGGAAUGCUUCGUCCCCGCCGAGUCUUCGCCCGAAGAUCGCUGCCGGGAAAAAUGAUCACUCCGGUGAAGAAACCGUCGAGACAUGUUAUCUCUUCCACCCGCUUUGCCUCGAUUUCGUUCUCGGGGGACUGCUGUAACGAAUUCGACUCCGAUUGCGAGAGUUCUUGUUCUUCCACGGCCUCUAAUCCUCGCCCUGAAGAAGAUGAUGAUACUGGAAAGAAGGACGUCCCAAUGUGGAUGAUUGUACCUAAAUCCUCCACUAGUUUUGUUCUCGUCAGAAUUCAGAAUUAAUUUCUUGGUUGUAAUUAAAGUUCUAAAUUCUUACACCUGAGUUCAGGAUCGCCGAUGUUUGAAUUUCGGUUUUAAUUUAGAUUACCCAACCUGAAUAGUUUGUACAGAACCCGAUUUAUGUUUGACAAUUCAUUAAUUGAAAACUUUCUGUUCAUUUAA